UCAUCCUGGAAGCAAGGUUAUAAUAACAACAAAGAACAAAUGCUUGACAGAGAGUUGUGCACUAUUCAAAACAAACAUUAAACCCAAGCAUGUAAAACACUCACUUGAAGGCUUAUAUGAGACCGAAUCACGACAACUUUUGUGUUCCCAUGCAUUCAUGUGCAACCAUCCCAAGGAAGGUUAUGAAAAGGUGUUGAAUAAGCUUGUGAAGUACUGUCAAGGACAUCCAUUAGCUCUUGAAGUGUUGGGCAAGCUUCUUCAUAAUCGGGGGUGUGGCGUAUUGGGAAGGGUGCAUGGAAGGGCUAAAGAAAGAAACAAAUGAUCGUAUAAAUAAUGUCUUAAGAAUGAGCUUCGAAUCUUUGCCAUCCAAAAAUGAUAAGGACUUGUUUAAGCAUAUUGCUUGUUUUUUUGUUGGAACAGAUAGAGAUGUUGCCGAAACAAUAUUAGAGGCAUGUAAUAUGAACACGAGAUCCGGAAUCACGAAUCUCAUUGACAGAUGUCUUCUUAGUAUUGGUUGGAAUAAUGAAUUGACGAUGCAUCAGUUGGUUCAAGAGAUGGGAAGAUUCGAAGUACAUCAAGAAUCACCUGAUAAGCCAUGGAAGCGAAGUCGAUUAUGGUGUCAUAAGGAGUCAUUUAGAGUGUUGAAACAAAAAAAGGGUAAGGGAAAUCUUCUAGGCCUUGCCCUUGACAUGCGCAUGCUUGAGAAAGAGAAGUUGGGAGCAUCGUAUGAGCUGAAAACAGAUGCAUUAAGUAACAUGGAUAAUUUGAUGCUACUACAACUCAAUUAUGUGUACAUGAAUGGGUCUUAUGAGAACUUUCCAGAAGAAAUAAAAUGGUUGUGUAUGAAUGGGUUUCGUUUAAAGUCUAUACCUUUAGACUUACCUAUGCAGAAUCUGGUUGCCCUUGACAUGUCAUAUAGCAAUAUUGAAUCAUUUUCCGGUUGUUAUAGCAAUCCACAACGACUUGAGAAAAGGCAAAAGUUGGAUGGCUCAUGCUUAAAAGAGAAAAGGUUGUUUGGUUCACUGAAGAUUCUUAAUUUAAGUUUCUGCACACAACUUCAUAGUAUUGGUGAUUUUGACCAACUCCCUGUGCUUGAGAGGUUAAUACUUAGAAAUUGCAUUGGUUUGGUUGAUGUUUGUGAAUCAAUUGGACAAUGUGUUGAACUUAUCCUCAUCGAUCUGAGCAACUGCAAGAAUCUUGAAAAACUUCCAAAAAAUAUAGGCAUGUUAAACAAGGUUGAAACAUUGUUGUUAGAUGGUUGUACUCUUGGUGAAUCUCGAAUCAAGAAUGUGGAUAUGGAUUCACUGGAAAUGUGCACGAUUACCAAUAUUGGCAUAAACAGAGCCUUUGUGGGUUCUAUACCACGUGAUUUGAAGUCCUCUGCAAUGUCUUUACCGAGGUCUUUAGUAACGUUGUCACUUAGGAAGAACAACUUGUACAAUGAAUCCUUUCCCAUGGACUUCAGUUGUCUAUCCAUGUUAAAGGAAUUAUAUUUAGAUGGCAAUUUUUUCAAUUCCAUGCCUAGUUGUGUGAGAACCCUUCCUAGACUCGAGAUACUUAGUAUGGAUUAUUGUAAAAAUUUGAAGUCAGUCAAAUAUCCUCCACGUACUCUAAAAGAGUUGUGUCUUAGUGUUGCUGAUGAUUAUCAUACAAACAAAGUUGUAUUUGUUCCAGAAAUGUCCCCACUCCAGUUAUCAAUGGACUGGUUAGACUGGACAUCUUCUUCACCUGGGUUGAACGAUUACGAAAUUGAAGGUGUGAUCAAAAUCCAAGAAAGGAUGAGUGUUGAUGAAAAGGUGUUACGUAGCUUGGGCUGGACUAAUUUAGACUUCCUCAACAAAAGGCGCGUGGGAACUAAUUCUUCAGAAUCUAAAAUCCAGAUGAUGUUUUAUGAAUUUGGAAUAUUCAGCAUGCUGUAUGAAGCUGAGGAGAUGCCGAGUUGGUUUAGGCAUAGAAGUGUGGGGCCAGUAAUAUCAUUUACCAUCCCAUCAUCAUCUCCAAACAACCUCCUUACAGGGCUCAACUUUUGCUCUCUGCACACAUUAAACCUUCUUCAUGGGGGGUUGGAUUUAUUAUAUUAUGAUCCUUUACCCUGGAAGCCAAUGAUGACAAUUAGUAAUAUUACAAAAAACCGUAUGUGGAUAUACGAACGUUACGUGGACAGAUGUAGUGAAGCUCUGAAUUGUUGUUGGGUGUUGUUAAGUCAUUGGAUGUUUGGGAAGAAUGAGAUGGAGGCUGGUGACCACAUUACUAUCACUGUUACACCGCAGUGGCAUGGACAUUUAAUAGAAGAAGUUGUAAAGGAGUGUGGGGUGAGUCUUGUGUAUGAAGAUGGAGAGAAGAAGGAUGAAGAAGAAGAAGAUGUGUUGGGUUAUUACAAGUCAUGGAAUCACAUAAUUGGUGGAGAUCUCUCUCCUUUUCAAACAACUACAGGACAAUACAUCUUAGACAAUGAACGGUUUUUUCAUUGUGCUGUUAGAGUGUAUCCACAUCAUCGUGAAUUCAUUCCAGACGGCCCUGAAAUUCAAGAUCAAAAGGAAAAGUAUUGGUUCAGAGCUUUAUCCCCAAGGAAGGCUGACAUACUUGGUCGUGCAUGUGAGGAUAAGGGGGAAUCUUCAGGGUCUCGUCCUUAACAUGAAAAUACUUGAGAAAGAGAGGCUGCAGAUGGGUAACCUAAUACUACUGUAACUCAAUGACUUAUAUCCUAAUCUUUUCCAGAAUAAUUAAGAUGAUUUGGUUUUUGUCACCUCUGGUAAUGAUUUAUCUUUUCGGUUUUUGUUUUUGAUAGUUGUAUAUUUGAUUGCCAAAAACAGAGGAAAACAAUAUAAAUGGUUUUUUAGUUGAUUAAUACACGUGUAAAGUCGUAAUGUUGUUUUUAUUACUUUAUAUGUUUGUUAUUUUGUUGAUUUGCUUCAUGUG